AUGGAUGUACAUAUAGGACAUGAUUAAUAAUAAGUUAAGUCCAUCAACUUGAAAACUGACUAAUCGUAAGAACAUUAAAGCUAAUAUGAUGAAAGUGAAAAUUAAGAAAUAAUAACUUUUGAUGAAGUCUUAACAAAAAUUGGAUAAGGAAAAUACUAACUCGUAAUUUAUAUUGUAAUGGCUUUGAUUGGUAUGACUGAAGGUGCUCAAAUUACAAUCUUUACUUUAACUAUUCCUAUUCUCAAGCAUUAGUGGGAUGUUGAGGAUUAUUUAAAUAGUCUGUAGGCAAGUUUGGUAUUUGUAGGUUUUCUGAUUGGAGCGAUGGUUAGUGGCUAAGUAGCAGAUAGAUUAGGAAGAUAAAUGCCAUUUUUAGUAUCUUCAUGCUUGACAUUUGUAGUAACAUAUCUCACUGCCCUUUCAACAAAUAUAUAUCAAAUGGUCAUCCUUAGAUUUCUCAUGGGCAUGCUUGUUGGCUUUUUCGGUCCUCUGGGUGUGACAUUACUAGCAGAAACAACUCCACAACAAUAAAGAGGUAGAUAUAUGAGCUUGGUUACAAUAAGUGUAAGUAUUGGUCAGUUAGUUGCACUUAUUAGCGGUUAUUUUAUCUUAGAUAACCUUUAGGAAGGUAAUUGGAGAUUGUUAAUUGUUGUUACCGUUAUUCCAGGAACUAUUUCUUGGUUUAUUAUAGUAUUUUGGCUUGACGAAUCUGCACGUUUCUUAUUGUGCUCUGGAGAAUAUGAAAAAAGUUUUAAAAUACUUGAUAGAAUGAAUUAGGUAAAUGGGAAAGUCAACUUUUAAGAACUUGAUCAUAGGAUGAAAUAAGGAUUAACAAAUUGGUCCAAAAAAUUUAAUGAAAAAUUUGAUGAUAAAGAUAAAGCAAGUAUAUCAGGUUUAUUUAAGGGAGACUUGAAAAUUAUCACACCAAUAAUAUGGCUGUAUAUGUUCUGUCUGAGUUUUGUUUACUUUGGAAUACUAAUUUUACUCCCUUCUUUGCUUGAUAAAAUAAAUAAUAUUUAAUCUGAUUCAUCAAAAUCAAAGAGUUCUUCAGAUGAACUUGGAGAAUCAGAAGAUAUGGCCAAGCUAAUCUUAACAACGACUAUUGAAAUGAUUUCUGGUAUUUUGGCUUCUAUAAUGAUAGAAAUAAAAGGGUUUGGAAGAAAAAACUCAAUGAUAAAUUUUUUUUUGAUUUAAGGAAUUACUUUAUUUAUGGUUUACUAUGAUGAUUUAAGCAGAUUUAUCUUUUGGACAACUCUUACUAAAUUUUAUCAAAUGAUGAAUUAUGCCUUUUCUUACUAGUAUAUAACUGAAGUUUACUCCACUAAAGUAAGAACUACUGGUAUAGGUAUGGCUAAUUCGGUAGGAAGAAUUGGUGGUAUUUUCAUGCCCUGGAUUUGUGCAAAACUUUAAGAGUAUGAUAUCCUAUUACCUUUCUUGUUAUUUUCUGUACUUUCUUUAAGUAUGUCAGCUUUACUAACUCUUUUACCCUACGAUACUUUAGGUAGGGAUAUUGAUUAAAUAGAAGAUGAUGGUGUAAAAUAACCAACGUAGAUUUAAAAAGAAAAAGCAGAAAAAUUAGCAAAUUCUUUUGUUAGCGUCUUAUCUCAUAAAUCAAACACUCCAAAAACUAAAUCAACCACAAAAUUUUAAAAUAUUGUAUAAAGAAUAUAGUAAUAAGCUCAUUCUUAAUCGCAUGAACCAAAAACAUAAGAAGAACACUAAUAACUUUUAUAAUGA